AGUGUUCAUUCAAUUUUUUUCUGACAGAAAAUAGAUCAAAUUAGUCGACAGAAUUUUGAUUCUACCAUUUCUACCUUCUUACCCACUGCUUAUCCGGUGUGAAAUUCGUUAGUUCAGCGACCGCAAUUUCACUUUCGUGAGCUGCUUUCUCGUUUUCUCACUUUCGAAAAAGUCCAAUAGUCGUGUGAAUCAAACCCGUUUCUGUGCGUAGUAAAUUUUAGUGAGAGGUGCAGUUUAAUUGGUGUAAGUUGUGUCCGAUUUUACUGCUCGGUGCAUGGAUUUUUAUUAAUGAAUAUGGUGUAUACGGAGAAAUAUUUAAAGGAGAAGCUGACCCAGGAACUGGACGCCGUUCACGUCGAGGUGACAGAUGAGAGCGACGGAUGCGGCGCCAAGUUUUCUGUUCUCAUAGUGUCGGACAAGUUCAAAGGGAAACCUCUUCUUGCCAGGCAUAGAUUGGUGAACACAUUGCUUCAAGAGGAACUGAAGACAAUCCACGCAUUCACCCAGAAAACCUUAACUGUUGAUCAGUGGAAGACACAAUAAUGUAUACUAUUUAAUACAAUGCAGUAGUCGAAA